CUGCAGUCGGCCAGCCUACUUGUCUGCCUCUAUCCUGUGCCUGCCUUGAGUUAAGAGGCGAAAAAGCGCCCAAAGAGAGCGGGCAGUGUGGAAGUAUUUGCGUGUCUCUUUACUCCGAACAACUAAAAUCGGAUAUAUACCUCAAUUCAUUCAAGUCGACUUUGUUCCACCUCGACGCGGCUUUGGGGCACUACUUUUCUACGCGGUGGUGCUAACUGCGGAUGAUGCUGCGCUACAGAGCCCCUCAAAACUUGCAUGGUUUUGUAGGGUUUUGUUUGGUUUCCCGUGGUAGCGAGAGGACGAUCUAGAAGUUGUGCGGAUCUGUUGGUUGGAAUAGGAUUGCGCAUCGCCUACCCGCUAAGCAGGAAGAUUAUCAAUGAAGAAGUAAGCGUUUUCUCCUGGGAGCUUAAUCACUUGGUCGCGCGCCCUUUCCUCGUCCACUUUGGGAUGAGUCCCCUUUUGUAACCCUUCCGCUUGUUGACAAGCACUUAUAACUACAUCAUUUUGAACGACAGGCGGUCAGAAGAUGUCUUCGCCGAGGUUUAAAAAGGAUAAAGAAAUAAUCGCGGACUACGAGAGUCAAGUGAAAGAAAUUCGGGCCCAGUUAGUGGAGCAACAGAAAUGCAUGGACCAGCAAACAGACAUGAGGGUACAGUUGCUGCAAGACCUUCAGGAUUUCUUCAGGAAGAAAGCAGAGAUUGAAAUGGAAUACUCCAGAAACCUUGAGAAACUGGCCGAACGCUUCAUGGCCAAGACUCGCUCCACGAAGGACCACCAGCAGUACAAAAAAGACCAGAAUCUGCUGUCGCCUGUCAACUGUUGGUACCUGCUGCUGAACCAGGUCAGGAGGGAGAGUAAGGACCACGCCACUCUGAGCGACAUCUACCUGAACAAUGUCAUCAUGAGGUUCAUGCAGAUUAGCGAGGACUCGACACGACUACUGAAGAAGAGCAAGGAAAUAGCAUUUCAGCUACAGGAAGACUUAAUGAAGGUCCUUAAUGAGCUAUACACAGUGAUGAAGACCUACCACAUGUAUCACUCAGAAAGCAUUAGUGCAGAGAGCAAACUGAAGGAGGCUGAGAAGCAGGAGGAGAAGCAAAUUGGCAGGGGAGAUCCAGUUUUCAGCAUCCGCAUGGAGGAUAAAUACCAGAAGCGCAACUCAGUGAAGAAGAUAGAGAAAAUGAAAGAAAAGCGUCAAGCCAAGUACUCUGAGAACAAAAUGAAGUCGAUCAAAGCACGGAAUGAGUACCUCCUGACAUUGGAAGCCACCAACUCAUCUGUUUUCAAAUACUACAUCCACGACCUGUCAGACCUAAUUGAUUGUUGUGAUUUGGGAUAUCAUGCCAGCCUGAAUCGAGCCUUGCGGACUUACCUGUCUGCUGAAUACAACCUUGAGACAUCUCGCCAUGAAGGUCUUGACAUCAUUGAGAAUGCAGUAGACAGUUUGGACCCGAGAAGUGACAGACAAAGGUUUAUGGAGCUGUUCCCUACGGCCUUCUGUCCACCUGCAAAAUUUGAGUUCCAGUCUCACAUGGGUGAUGAGGUGAGUCAGAUAACAGUGCAACCGCCAGUUAAUGGAGAGCUAAUACUAAGGUUCCAGCAACUGCAAUCUCGCCUGUCUACUCUGAAGAUUGAAAAUGAAGAGGUGAAAAAAACAUCAGAGGCCACACUCACCACUAUACAAGACAUGGUGACCAUUGAGGAUUAUGACGUCUCUGAGUGCUUUCACCAUAGCAGAUCCACUGAGUCUGUCCGGUCCACUGUGUCAGAAACAUACCUCAGCAAACCGAGCAUUGCAAAGAGGAGAGCAAACCAGCAGGAGACUGAGCAGUUUUACUUUAUGAAAUUCCGUGAGUUUCUGGAGGGCAGCAAUCUCAUCUCCAAACUGCAGGCCAAACAUGAUUUGCUGAAGAGGACGCUUGGUGAAGGCCACAGAGCUGACUACAUGACCACAAGACACCCCAAUGGGCUGUUCAAAACCCACACUGGCACCAGGCGGGCUAGACCCCGCUCUGUUUUUAAUGUUAAGUUAUUUAAUGGAAAUAUGGAGUCGUAUAUCAAGGAUUCUGGACAAGCUAUACCUCGCGUCGUUGAGAGCUGCAUUCGCUACAUAAAUUUGUAUGGCCUCCAGCAUCAAGGGAUAUUUCGAGUAUCUGGAUCCCAAUUGGAGGUCAAUGACAUUAAAAACUCAUUUGAAAGAGGAAACGAUCCACUGAUAGACGAUGAGAAUAAUCAUGACAUCAACUCUGUGGCGGGCGUGCUUAAACUCUACUUUCGAGGCCUGGAGAAUCCUCUUUUCCCUAAGGAGAGAUUCAAUGAACUGCUGUCCUGCAUCCGAAUAGAAAAUCUGUACGACAGAGCGUUGUACAUACGCAAGAUCCUCCUGACCAUUCCCAGAUCAGUCCUUGUUGUGAUGCGCUACCUUUUUGCCUUCCUGAACCACUUAUCUCAGUACAGCGACGAGAACAUGAUGGAUCCUUUCAACUUGGCGAUUUGCUUUGGCCCUACACUUAUGCCGACACCUGAGAGCCAGGACCAGGUCUCCUGCCAGGCCCAUGUCAAUGAGAUAAUCAAGACCAUCAUCAUUCACAAUGAGACAAUCUUUCCUGAUGCCAAAGAACUUGAUGGGCCAAUCUAUGAGAAGUGCAUGGCAGGAGGAGACUAUUGUGAAAGUCCCUACAGUGAGCAUGGAGUACUGGAGGAGGUUGACAAUGAGGGAGGCACAGAGACGCACACCAGUGAGGAUGAGGGUGAGCCUAUUGAAGCCAUUGCCAAGUUUGAUUACGUGGGGCGCUCUUCCAGAGAGUUGUCUUUCAAGAAGGGUGCCUCGCUGCUGCUCUACCAGCGGGCAUCGGAGGACUGGUGGGAAGGGCGCCACAACGGCAUUGACGGCCUUGUGCCACAUCAGUACAUUGUUGUCCAAGACAUAGAUGACAACUUCUCGGACACGCUGAGCCAGAAGGCUGACAGCGAGGCCAGCAGCGGUCAUGCCGGGGAGGAUAAAUGUUCAGGAAAAGACAUCAGUUUACCCAAUGACAACAGGAUUUCUGAGGCCUUCAUCACCAGGCAGAGAAAACGAUCGGACCCUCCAACCCGCCGCCCCCCUGCGCGCCCCAGCGACAUCCACUGCAUGGUGCACCCCUCUCAGCAGGUCCAUCCCACACGUGGGGGCACCCCCGAAGCUGGCUCCCCAGUUCUCGGCCACUUCAACCCACGCGACAUGCUCCGGAGCCGCAACCAUUUGCCCACCGAUAGCCCCGAACACCGGCGCCGCACCGGCCACGGUAGUCUUACCAACAUCAGUCGGCAUGAAUCCCUGAAGAAGACUGAAAGUCCCCCCAUCCGCCGCUCCACCUCUUCGGGCCAGUACACGGGAUUUGUUGAAACCCACCACCAUCACCAUCAUCGCCACCUUCACGGCGGCAAAACCCUGGACCCGGAGACCAUCGCACAGGACAUCGAAGAAACCAUGAACACUGCUCUGAACGAGCUUCGGGAACUGGAGCGCCAGAGUUCGGCUAAGCAUGCUCCUGACGUGGUUCUGGACACGUUGGAACAGAGGCAAGCCCCAGGCAGCGGUGGGGGUCCCACGCCGGCCACCUCCAGUGAGUCUCUCGGUCCCCCCAUCCAUGGCGUCAAGUUAAGGUCCGCCGCAAGCACGGAGCCUCCAUUCCGUCGCAGCGCCGGCGACUGUGUGAGCACCUUCAAACCCGCAGUGGCCCCCCGCAUGGGCGUACAACUCAAGCCGCCCGCUUUGAGACCCAAACCAAUGGUCCUGCCCAAAACCAAUCAGGUUUCACAGCUGCCUGCGACAUCGCCUCAGGACCCUUUGGACAAAUCCUGCACCAUGUAAAGUUUGUGAACAGACGUGCCGGCUACCAUCAAAUUCUGCCAUUCAAGUCUGCCAUUGACGUGAAAACCAUUUAAAACUGGGGUGGCUGGAAGCCAUUUGAAAUAAAUUGGACGUCUAUCACCAUCAAUGGCAGUGAAUGAGUUAAGAAUGAACUUGGACAGCAAAUCACAAAGGCUUCCCAUAUUCCUGCCUGAAGAGUUGACGCUAGUUAGAGCAAUAACAAGUGGGAUCACUGCUGCAUGUAAAGUUCAUCCGUCAACCAAGAAACCAGGCAACCACAAUCCCCUUUUUUUCUUCUAAAUAUUUCUAUUGAAAGACAUUGUGAAUACAACCUUCCACACUAAAGCAAUUACAAAGCUGCUGUGAUGGCAGAUGAAAUGCUGCUCGACUUGACUGAACUUUCUUGAAGAAUGACUCUUUGAUGAGAAGUGCAACAGGUGUCCUCUGGUUUUUGGUGCACUCAUUAUAUUUUCUUUCAGACAGUUAGAGAAAACCACUACUUUAUGAUGUAUCACGCCUUGAUAUGUUGGCUCAAGUAUACAGUACUUACAAGCUGGAAGAGAUAUUGGCAUUCAAUAGUUCCGGGAACUUCAAAAUUAAGUUUAUAUGCAUAGGUUAGAUUACUGGGUAUUUUAGCUUCAGUCUGAAGUUUCACCAGAGCCCAACGAUAUCCCUGAUUUUGGGGAGUAGCAUUCUACGGUAGGCUAUAUAUGAAAUGCAGUAUGCACACAAAAUUAUGUGGAAUUUAAAGGUGUCUUGACAUCAUAGAUAAUAACUUUAGGCAUGGAUGUCGACCCUCUGAAAAAUCUAUGUACUCUUGUUCAUAAUUAUGGAUGAGUGCCACACACACAAAAUCUUCACCUCCUUUUCAAGAACACUUCCUGCGCGAUGGUGUAUGUAUGUGAUUGUCUUGUAUGUUCGAUAUUUAAAUCUCCGUCAAGAUUUGGGGGAAAUACUCAAUUUGUGGGCAGCACUAUAGCAAUUGGUCUACAAAUGAUUCAGUAGUGAACUCACAGUGACAACUUACAGUGGCCCGCCACAAGGUGUGUGUUUGUAUUCAUUAAAAGCUAGUUUGACUAACUUUCAUUAUUUUUGUAAUCUUUAUUUUUUGGUUUUGAGUAGAAUUGACAGACUAGAAUGCAAAAGAUGUAGAAUAUAUAAGAAAACAAUCUGGGGGGGGGGGGGGGGGUGCUUUUGUCACAAUGUAAUGACAAUGUGAAUUUGUGAAAGUGCCUUUAAAGAAGUUUCUGAAAAUUCAUGUAUUCAUUCAGUGGCCACACAAAGACGUGUGUUAACGGCAUGCCCGAGGGUUCAAAAAGAAAAUGAUUCCAAUUGAGCGGCUCAGUAACUCAUCAUUGAUGUAAACAUAGUAAAGUCAUGUAAUAGCAUAACACUCGUGCUUAAUGGCUUAAAAAGCUCAAAAGGUUUCUUCCUAAUAAAUGAAAUUGUCAACCCGAGGCUGCUUUUGUGGUAUA